GCCCCCCGCGGGGUGUGCCCGCCCCCGCUUCCUGCUGCGCUGGGUCCCUGCCCCGGAGGGACGCGGGCGGCGGCGGCAGGGCUGGCCCUGGGGGAGAGGAGCUGGCGGGGACCAUGCUCCCAGAGGAGGUUCGGCGGCUCCUGGAAGAUGCUGAAUGUUACCUGGUGGAUGGACUGCAGAAUGAAAAUUUGAGCCCUAGAGCAAGGGAGCAGAGGGAUGCAAUUCUCUUCAGCUUUCAGCAAGUCAAAGCCAGGUAUCACUUGGAAUUUCUGACCCGAGGAGAGGAUCAGCAUGAUGCUGGCUUUGGACAAGACAGUUCUGAUGAAAAUCAGAGCUGGAGUUUGGCCCCUUCCAUGACAUCUGAUGUCUCACUUCCAUCAGACUUCCUAGAUGAUGGACUGGAGGAAAUCACACCGAGGCCUGUUCAAGACACAGGGAACAUUCUGAAGCAAGGAUAUCUGGAGAAGAGGUCCAGAGACCAUAGCUUUUUUGGGUCAGAGUGGCAGAAGCGGUGGUGUGUCCUCAGCAAAAGGACCUUUUACUACUUUGCCAACGAGAAAAGCAAGCAACCUAAAGGCACCUUCUCCAUCGAGCAGUAUAGCGCCCGGCUGGCUUUCCAUCUCCGCAAAGACUCUCGCAGAAGAUGCUGUUUUGAAUUAAUCUGCCCUGGCAAACGUACCUAUGAGUUCACAGCCCCAAGUCCAGCAGAGGCUGAAGACUGGGUGGAUCAGAUCCAGUUCCUCCUGAAGGACUUGAGUUCCCUCACUAUCCCCUAUGACGAGGAGGACGAGGAAGAGCUCUACAAUGACGUGGACAGUUCUGACUCAGUGACCACAGCAUCCCACAACACUACCCUGAAUCAGGAUGAUGGGAUGGAAGAGGAUGACAUCUAUGAGGUUUUUCCAGGCACACCUGCAGUGAUCCCUGAGCUCAGCGGGAGCCUCUGCUCCGUGGUCCCUAGGCGGGUGCGUGUGAAGUGCUGACAAACUGUCAGGCCAAGAGGUUUCAGUGUUCCUGGCUGCUUUGGCAGCUGCGUCCAGCUCCUUGCUGCCUUGCGGCUGCCAACACCACCCACAGGGCAGAUACGAGAUGUGAGAUUUGUUCCACGUGUGGCUAAUGGUGAUCCUGGAGUGAGCUCGCGUGGAGUUGACCUAGGGACAGACCCUUUCGUUGCCCCUGCUCUGAGAUACAGAGUGUGUCAAAAACUGCAAAUCCGCUGUGGUAAGGCUCUGUGCCCUUCAAAUGUGUCUGCAUGCCCUCCCCUGGGUGCGGGGCCUUGGGACCCUUCGCACCCCUGGCCCCCAUAAGGGUGGGAAGGCAUCCCUGUCCAGCUGGGGUCUCCUCUGGCCCUGCUGCCUCCCUUGUGUCCUGAGUGAAAAUAGAGAGAAAGAGGAGAAAAAGAAGGGGGGGAGAUGAAGAGAUAAUUUCCUCAGCAAGUCAUCGUCGUUAAUGAAGUUUUACAAAAACAGAUACAACCAAGGAAAAAUAAAAUUUCACAGGUGAUAAAUUUUUCCAAUUUCCCUGGCAGAAUUCGAUAGGAUUGUUAAA